GUUGGAACUAGAGCUGUAACAGUUCCAAAUUUCCCCGUACAAUUAAUUGUCUCAGAAAUAAUGGCGAUUGACAAUAUAAUUGUCUCUUUCCGUCAAAUUUAAAAAUAUUUAUUUGUUUAUUACUUUUUUUAAACAAAUUAAAGUUUUGAAUGCAUUUCAGGAUACAUCUUUUGGUUAUAUAUCACUGUUAUGUGACCCAGAUGAUGUAAUAACACAAGUACACAGCCUAUGUAGUAAACCACGCCUAUUAUCAUGAAACAUUUUUUCUAACUGUAUCCCUAACUGUCAUUUUUGUUGUUAUGAAUGUGUAUAGGGUCAAGUGCCAACAACUAGCAUAGCUUAAGCUCAACAGUCCGACCAAUGAUUACUUAUAUAAUUACAAUUUGGCAUAUCCAAGCAAAAUCAACAAUGAACAGUCAUAUGCCUUAAGACCUUGGAUAAUGUUAGCAAUUAAUUGCGGUUAAACAAAGAAACCGUGAUUUUGUAUUGAUUGACAAUUAUGUAAUACUUGUUACAGACCUAGUUGGAACUGUACAGAUCUAUUUAUGAUAUUUAGGUUUCAUUGGAGAUGAAUGGAAGGAUGUGAUGGUUUUCCCCAGAGGUGUUCUUGUUUCCUCCCUUUUUAACAAACCAGGCCACAAUAUUAGUUAUAGUAAGAUAACCUAAUGUUUGUCAAUUUAAGAGCUUGAAUGCUGUUCUCGUGUUGUGGUAUACAUACUAGCCAUGCCCAUACUCAAACCUGUUCAGCAUAUUCACAGAGCUGUGGACAGCCUCUUUGGGGAUGCACGUUUUCAGAUGUAAACUAAAGACAAUACAAGGAAAUAGGAAGCCCCCUGUGCAUAGGCCAGGCUUCCAGAAGUUUCCCAGAAAACCAAUGUCUAAAGUCAAGCCACAGAGUUUGUCUAAGAUCACAAUUCAGGCCUGGAACAACGCAUUUGGCCACCUGGAAAUUGGAAAAGGUAAUUCUGAAGUAAUGGCUGAAGCAAUACCACUGCGAGAAAAGAAGCUGAAAACUCUACCUCGGUCAGAUGGGUGUGGUCUGAAUAACUUUGACGCUGUGGAUUUGUCUGGAGGGUUGAGGAUAGUCCUGGUGGGCAAGACUGGAUCAGGGAAGAGUGCGACAGGAAACACCAUCCUUGGGAGAGCUGCAUUUAAAGAGGACCCGAGCCCUGUGUCUGUGACCAAACACUGUGAGACGCAGAGCGGGGAAGUGGACGGGACUGUGGUCCAGGUGAUUGACACUCCAGGUCUGUUUGAUACAGCCAUCACAGAGGAAGAAUUAAAAACCAGAAUAGAGGAGUGCGUCAAGAUGUCGGUGCCCGGCCCUCAUGCCUUCCUGUUGGUGAUCAGGCUCGGAGUAAGGUUCACAGAGGAGGAAAGAAACGCUGUGAAGUGGAUCCAGGAUAACUUUGGAGAUGAUGCCUCCAUGUACACUAUUAUGCUGUUUACAUGCAAAGAUCAGGCCAAAGCUGACAAUGCUCUGAAGGAGUGCAAGGAGCUGCGGAGACUCUCUAUAACAUUUGGACGCAGGUACCAUGCCUUCAACAACAACGACGCCGAGGACCAAGUACAGGUCAAAGAGCUGAUCACCAUGAUCAAGGAAAUGAUACAGGAUAACGGGGGGAAACACUACACCAAUGACAUGUACGAGAAAGCCCAGAGGAGGCUGAGAGAGGAGGAGGAGCGGAAGAAACAAGAGGAGGAAGAGAAGAAAGAGGAGGAGAGGAAAAUGUGGGAUGCCGAGAGGGAGAAGAAAGAGAAAGAGAGAGAAAAGGAAAAAAAGGUGAAAAGAAAGACUAUACGCGUUGUGUCAGCCGCUGCUGUUGUGUUGGUGAUAGCUGGUGUGGUUAUAGCAGUGGGAGCCAACACCACGGUGGCUUUGGCUCUUGGAGCUCCGGCGCUCAUCCUGGGAGUGCUGUGUGGUCUAGCUGCCUUUGUCAUGUGGAAGGGUAUACGAUGCAAAGCCAAAGCAAAUGUUCCAGUAUAACUAGGGUUUAGUGACAAGGACAUGUUCAUCCAUCUACAGCAUGUGGCACUAAUCAGUAGAAGUAUUGCAAACAUUACUAUUUACUGUUAGGGACUUAUUAGUGAAUGAUGUUGUCUUGGCCUUUUCUGCAUUCUGCUUCCAGAAUUAUUAAGUUUUGACACGACAUUGCAGUAACAAAAGUAUGUGAAUUGAAUGCUGAUAGUAAACAAACGGUAUGAAAUGCAAUACUUGUUUUCUUUUUGUUUGUUUUCUUUCUUUCUCAUUUAUUGUUUGGAGUAGGGAUGCACAUACUUGCAAGUACAAGUACAAGUAAAAGGCUACUUACAUUGAUUUGGGUCCUUGCCGUGGGAGCCCUUAGGCUUUACUGUUUGUGGUUAGUUCACAUAACUCACAGGGGAGGCAAAAAUAUGGCAUUUCCGGCCAACUUUCUCGUCCGCACGUUUGAAAAUAUGUUGUUGGUCCCAUGCCUUCUGCUCUGUAGCAAAGAUGGCGAUAGAUUUGCACUUUUGACGUUUUACACCUAACGUUUUGACGGUUUGAGUGCAGCCUCCGGGUACUUUGUCAGAGUGAAUACACUAUGUCCUCAAAAUAUCAAGUGUAAGUACGGACAUGCUCAAUUUGUAACACAUGGUGUUGGAUUCCUUUCCAGUGAAAUAUAUCCACACUUAAGACUGUUUAAGCUUUUUCACUGUGUUUAAGCUACACUGGAAUCGGUCUCGGUGCAUCCUUAGUUUGGAGCUUACCGUAUAUAUGAAACUCGCAUCAUGAGUUAUACUUGAACAGAUAUUUUCUGGCUUAUGAGAAACACAACCUGAAUCAUAACAGAUACUGUUAGAACUUAUUGACAUAUUGUGCUAUAGAACUAAUAAAGUUUGUAAAUACAUUUUUGCACAAUUUCUACUUUCAUAACUUUUGCGAUAAUUGCUCAAAUAAAAAGUUCAUAGAAGUUUAACUGUUCCCUUUUUAAACUCAUAUUCUGUUCCCCCCCUCCUCCGCUUUAUUAUUAGUAACAUUACGAGCUCACUUCCCUAAAGGAAAUGAGAGACAAUGGUAAACAUCUGCCCAGCCAAUCACAUUUCACUGAGGAAGCAUUCUUAACGGAUCAAACCCUCACUAUACAGCCACCACAUCCCUGCCAGCCCAUUCCAUCUACAGCCACAUGACCAAGAAAGGCCUUAAAAUGGUGAACUGUAGCCCAGUCAGCGUCAGCCACACAUUUAUCAAAGUAAGGGUACUUUUAGCUUUUAAAUGUAGUGAUAAGCUGAAUCCCAUUUCUUCACAAACUGUACAAUGAAAAAACUAUGACAGACUGGUGGUGGUUUGCUUGCUGUGUUUGUUUCAGACAUUUUGCAGGUCUGUCAUAUUAAGUAUUAAUGCAUUAACACAUUUUAAAAU